AUGGACAACGCCAUGCCGACCGAAAACGAGCAUGCGCCCUGGCUGCCCAUCCCGUCACGUGCCGUCUCCGUUGUCGAACAUCCCGCUAUCAUCAAAAACGUUGACAAGGGCAUUACCUCAUUAGGUGGGCCUGUCAAACUAAGCAAGGGCCUGCGAUCACGAUUGGAAACCACGACCAACGCCGAGGGUGACGACGAGCUCAAGAAACUCAUCUCUGUCUCGCUGCGCCCAGACGACCCCUUUGCCAAGCGUUUGCUGUCCACGCCUGUGAGGACGAACAACCUUCUCAUCAAGGUCACGGUGCCAAAACGGACAGGACGCAAACGAAAGCGUGGAACCACAGGGCCCUUCCUUACUGAAGAUGAAAUCGCCAGUGGUGGCGCUGGCUUAUCGGAUAGCACCCCUUUGACCAACAAGACAUAUGUGGAUGCACCAACCAUAUACAGGAGCCUGCAAGACAAUGCCUCGACGUACAAGGUUGCUCUUGCCGGAGUGGUAGAUGAAACUCAUCGGUUCCGAAAUAUGCCCGACUUGCAGUAUGCUGCUUCUCACAACGAGACCAUGGUCGGUCUGCGAGACCACGUCCUGCCGAAACGAUACGAACAGUUAUUGAAGUAUAAUGUCAACACUGCGGCCGGUGCAGAUCUGGCCAAAAGCGUUGGGCCAUCGCCAGAGUUCAUACAGAUGCCAAUCGCCUUCAACUAUCGGUUCCAGCAAAACUCAAACGUCAAAUACACCGAUCAAGGUGUUGUCAACAUACAAAGGAGCCUCGCCUACAACGCAUACACAAUUGUCAAACCCACAGACGAACAUGUACCGACAGGACCCCGACCCGGUCUUCCAGCAGAGAGGGAUCUUUCCCCCUAUAUGCAGUCACUGAUCGCAAACAUUAGAACUCUGCUCUUACAGAGACCCAUAGUAACCCGGCAGUUACUUUACAACAGACUGGGAUGGGACAAGCGAACCAAGCUUCGGCAAGCAGCCAUCUAUUGCGGAUUCUUCUUCGAAAGCGGGCCCUGGCGAGAGGCUCUUGUCCGCUGGGGAGUGGAUCCUCGCAAAGACCCUGAGUAUCGCAAAUAUCAGACUGUGUCUUUCCUGUCUUAUAUCAAGUCCGGCACAUCAAAGCACCGCGCGGUCUUCGAUCAGCAUGUCUUGAAGCUAGCAAAGAUGUCACCGGAAGAGUUGGAGACUGAGCACACAUUUGAUGGCGUCAAUGUUUCGCGAACAGGCAACCUCUUCCAGUUCUGCGAUAUCACCGAUCCUCUCAUUGCGAAAGUUUUGGCUACAAAGGACAUUCGAGCAACCUGUGCACCCACCUUCCAAGGGUGGUAUCACGUUGGCACUUGGGCCAAAGCAACGGUCAUCUUGAAGGACAAGAUGAACGCAAUUAUUGGCGGCGAUAAACCGGAUGAUAGCAUAUAUCAGCGUAUCGUUGAAUGGCCUGAGCUGUGGGACGAUAAGGAAAUGGCAGCGCAGUACAAGAGUGAAGUCGACGACCGUCACAUACACCACGAGAAGAGGAGAGAACACCAAGUGAUGCACAACGUGCGUUGGGCUGCAAGAAAUCCGCGCUACGCCUUCGAGAAAAUGGAGGAGACUGAUGAGCCUGAAAACCACGCUGACGGAGAUGAGGCGCCAGACGAUGUCGAGGUUCCGGAGGACAUGACCGAAGAUCCUGUACAGCCAGAUACUCUUCUGAACGCUGACAUCGGGGAUGCGGAGGACGACGAGGAUGAUCAAGAUGGCGAGGCAGAUGAAGACGAAGACGAAGAGAUACAGGCCGGUGGCAGGAACGAUGAUCUGUCUGGCAGCUCAGAGCUGGAUGACGACAGCGACAGCCCAGUCAUGUCUGUCCGAGCGGCAUCAGAGGGACCAGUCCCGUUUGGCGGUUAUUACAGGGUAUGA